UAAUCCUUUAACCAAGUAUGGAUGAUACAACUGCUAGGUAACUAAACGCAAACUGUCAGUGUCAAAACAACACGUGCCAAACUGUCACGCAGCGCCUUCGUCUUGGAGUGCGUGAUGUUUAUAAAAUAAAAAUACUUUAUUUUACGUAAAAUAAUAAAUAGUUAUACUAAAAAUACAAAAUGCUGCGAAGGCAGGCGCGUUUGCGCCGCGAGUACUUGUACAGAAAGUCGGUAGAAGACAAGCAAAAGAACAUACAAGCGAAAAAGGAUCAGUUGAAAAAGUGUUUAGAAGAAAACAUACCAAUUCACGGAGAUUUAAGAAAGGAGGCUCUCGCACUACAGAAGAGAAUAGAUUAUGAAGAUAAAGGGCCUGAAAGAGCAGCAGUGAUUGGUGGGUUCAGUGGCGGUGCCAAUACAUUAAGCUCACAGGAUGAUGAAUACAGAUACGCUGGUGUUGAAGACCCCAAGAUCAUGAUCACCACUUCCAGGGAGCCCAGUGCCAGGCUCAAGAUGUUUGUUAAGGAACUUAGGUUAAUAUUCCCAAAUAGUCAGCGCAUGAACCGUGGUGGUUAUGAGAUGUCUCAGCUGAUACAUGCUUGCCGGGCUAAUGAGGUCACAGACUUUAUUGUGGUGCAUGAACAUAGAGGUGUUCCUGAUAGUUUGGUAAUCUGCCACCUCCCCUAUGGACCAACAGCAUCCUUCACUCUGUCAGGAGUUGUGAUGCGUCACGAUAUCCCCGACAUCGGGCCUAUGAGCGAGCAGUUCCCACAUCUUGUAUUCCAUAACUUUAAGACUGACUUAGGUUUGAGGACCAUGAGUAUUUUGAAGUAUUUGUUCCCGGUGCCGAAACCUGACUCGAAGCGAGUGAUCACAUUCGCUAACAAUGAUGACUACAUAUGCUUUAGACAACACACUUAUAGAAAGGCCGGCAAAGAAAUCGAGCUUUCAGAGAUCGGUCCUCGCUUCCAGAUGAAGCUUUAUGAAAUAAAAUUAGGCACUCUGGACGCGUUAGACGCCGCCGACACCGAGUGGGCGCUGCGGCCCUACAUGAACACUGCCGCCAAGAGGAGGUUCCUUAGCAACGAGGACGGCUGGCAGGAAGACGAAUAAAAUAAAUCAUUUUAUAAAAA